ACAAAAGUGUGUGUCAUGUAGAUACGGAGCGCAAUUAGCCGAUUGUUGCAAAAAGGACGUUGAUUCCCGAUAAACCAGUAACGCAUAAACCAAUUUGGACGGUCCAGGUAGCUAAAACACAACGAUAGCCCAACUAUCAAAUUGUAACACAAGGUUGCAAUGUACCUUAAGGAGUGCCCUUUAAAUUCCCAAUACCUACUCGGUAAUGGUGCCGUGAGUUUCAUUUGUGAAAAAGGCUCCUAGGGAGGGCGGAACGGAGAGCUAAAGGCUUUCCUCAGUUGGACCUUGCGAGAAGAGCGACGUAUUUGCAGCUGGAGACCAGAGUGAUGGAUAGAGCUCGCGUUGAAACCGAAAGAUGGCAAAUACACCAAAUCCGAGGAUUUUACUUUUAACAGAGUAAAUAUACUACACACACACACGCCAGUUUACUCGCCGGUAAAAACGAGCCCUUCCUCCGCUCGCCGGCGUCCUGACGUGACCUCCCCCUGGGCGGCGAGCACCGGCCGGCCAAAGCGAGCAUGUGCUCGACGGGGCUGGAGAGGAGGAGGCAGCCCACGCCCUCGCAGACCCCCGAGGGGAACGUGGUGAUGAGCUUCAGCUUCGAGAGCUACCAGCUGGAGGACGAGGAGGGUCAGGCCAAGGACGCCCCGGACAAGGGCGUCCUGACCUUCACCGAGCCAGCCUUUGAAGAGCCAUUGCCCGACGACCGUUACCAUGGGAUCUACUUUGCUAUGCUGCUUGCUGGAGUGGGCUUCCUGCUGCCUUACAACAGCUUCAUCACUGACGUUGACUAUUUACAUCACAAAUUCCAAGGAACCUCCAUUGUGUUUGACAUGAGCCUGACCUACAUCCUGGUGGCCCUGGUGGCCGUGGUGCUGAACAACGCCCUGGUGGAGAUGCUCAGCCUGCACACCCGGAUCACUGCAGGUUACCUCUUCGCCCUGGGGCCCUUGCUGUUUGUUGGCAUCUGCGACAUCUGGCUUGAGAAGUUCACCACCAGGCAGUCAUACGUCGUCAACCUGAUGGCCGUGGGGAUUGUGGCAUUUGGAUGUACAGUUCAGCAGUCCAGUUUCUAUGGUUACAUGGGGAUGCUUCCAAAGAGGUACACACAAGGCGUCAUGACUGGAGAGAGCACGGCCGGCGUGAUAAUAUCGCUGAGCCGCAUCUUCACCAAGCUGCUGAUCAAGAACGAGAGGAAGAACACCAUCAUCUUCUUCCUCAUCUCCAUCGGCCUGGAGCUCAUGUGCUUCGUGCUGCACCUGCUGGUGCGCCGGACGCGGUUCGUGCGCCACUACACCAGCCUCGCCCGCCAGGGCCUGACCGAGGUCAAGGGUCACGCAGACGCUGGCACCGGCACCAGAUACCGAGUCCACCACGACGCCGUCACAGAGGAAGUAAGAUUUGAUAAUGGUGCCAUGGGUGUUUCCCCCACUGAAGGUGGUGGGAUAGAGGCCGAGCUUGCAGGCAGUGGUACAUAUGUGAGAUUCGAUGUCCCCAAUCCAAAAAUAAAGAAGAACUGGCCCAGCAUAAAGGAGAUGAUCCUGCACCGCUACAUAGUGUCCCGGGUGAUCUGGACUUACAUGCUGUCCAUCGCCGUCACCUACUUCAUCACCCUCUGCCUCUUCCCGGGGCUGGAGUCUGAGAUCCGCGACGACGUGCUGGGGGACUGGCUGCCCAUUCUGGUCAUGGCCAUAUUCAACAUGUCCGACUUCGUGGGGAAAAUCCUGGCGGCGUUGCCCUACGACUGGAACGGCGGGCGGCUGCUCCUGCUGUCGUGCGUGCGCGUGGUCUUCAUCCCGCUCUUCAUCAUGUGCGUGCACCCGGCCGAGAGGCCCACCCUGGGCCACCCCGCCUGGCCCUGCGUCUUCUCUCUCCUCAUGGGCGUCACCAACGGGUACUUCGGCAGUGUGCCCAUGAUCCUGGCAGCGGGGAAGGUGCCUCCCGAACAGAGGGAGCUCGCAGGGAACACAAUGACUGUGUCCUACAUGACAGGACUGAUGAUGGGGUCUGCAGUGGCUUAUUUUGCCUACACCUUCACUGCUCAUGGCUCCAUUCACCAUGUGGAAUGGUCCCACAACUUCACGACCACAGGGUACUGAACGCCACAGCGAGCCCAUCGGCGCCCUCUAGUGUCCGACCGACGAAAUGAAUAUCGCGCACCCCUUGAUAUCAAGUACAGGACAAUUGCAACGGCUGAACACGUCUGACAGAAGUCCAAAAAAUAUAUGUAUCCCACAGUGCUCAGCUCGGGCGACAGCUUCAGUUCUUCAGACCCCAAAACAACCCGUAAACAACCCGUAAACAACCCGUAAUCGACGUAACGGACGAAAGUUUGCUAUUCCGCACCAGCAGCGGGCCGUCCCUUCCAUUUGCCAUUUCCGUUUUCCUGACGCCACGUCGUGACGUCGCCCGUUCCCUCUCGUUGUCCUCGAUGUCCUUUUACGAACGAUGCUGGUCUCUCCCUCACACUAUCGGGACACUGCAGGGAGGGUCUGCAAACUACCAACGCUAACAAACCCGAACUCCCUCUGAGCCAUCUCGUUUUAGCAGUCGUUUUUUUUUAUCUGAAAGACUUUUUUGCUGGUUUGGACUUAACACUAACGCCGACACGUUACAGACAAGGAAGCGGUCUCUUGCUGAUGCGAAUUCGAUGUUGUCCACGUAUAUAUCUGUGAAUAAUAAAUACAUUUUUCUUUCCUAUGCUUUGGAGA